AUGUUGAGGGCCUUGGGGUUUGGGGGUGACUGGGUGAAUUUAUUAAUGCUCUGUGUCAAUUCAGUGAGCUAUUCGAUCUUGGUAAACGGGGAGGUGGCAGGACAAGUUCGUCCCACUCGGGGCAUUCGUCAUGGUGACCCGCUGUCACCGUAUCUUUUCAUCAUUUGUGCUGAGGGUUUUUCUACUCUCCUGCAAAUGGCGGAGGCUUGCAGGGAUAUUCAUGGUGUGAGGGUGGCCCGGGGGGCUCCGGCCAUCACUCACUUAUUUUUCGCUGAUGACAGCUUGCUUUUUUUCAAGGCAAGUGAACGAGAAGCACUUAAAGUUAAAGAGUGUUUGGAUGUGUAUAGCCGGGCCUCGGGACAGCUUAUCAAUUUCGAGAAAUCUAGUGCAGUGUACAGCUCAAACACUCCCUCUCAUGUCCGGGCGGUAGUGUCUGAACUCAUUGGGGUUCCCGAAGCGGCAGAUCUAGGACGUUAUUUGGGGCUGCCGUCGAUGUUGGGACGUAACAAAACAGCAGUGUUUCGUUACAUCGAAAGCAAUGUUCGUGCACGGAUUGGGAUGUGGCAGAAUAAACUUCUUUCUCGUGCUGGUAAGGAGGUCCUACUUAAGAGCAUAGCACAAGCCUUACCAAUUUUCACCAUGUCAGUGUUCCUACUCCCGAUGCGAGUCUGCGACACAUUGGAAAAAUUGUACAACCGCUUCUGGUGGGGCGGGGGAGGACAAGACAGACGAGGGAUACAUUGGCUUAGCUGGGGAAGAAUGUGCAUUCCCAAGUCGAGGGGCGGGCUAGGCUUUAAAAAACUACAUGAAUUCACCAUGGCACUUCUGGCUAAACAAGGAUGGAGGAUAUUAAUCAAUCCCGAGUCCUUAGUCAGUCGUUUGUUAAAAGCACGCUAUUUUCCCACGAAGGAUUUCAUGGACGCACAGUUGGGGUGUAAUCCGAGUUUUAUAUGGCGCAGCAUCCAUGCGGGGCGGAAAGUUUUAGAUUUGGGAGUCACUAGGCGUGUUGGGGAUGGGAUGGAUACGAAAAUUUGGGGUAGGGGUUGGUUAGCGGGCGACUCGCAUGUAAACUUACGCACUCCUUGUGUGGAGUAUUUGCAAGACGCGAGGGUGCACGGACUGUUGGACGGUCAGGGACAGUGGGAUUUAAGUAUCCUUAGGGAUAUAUUUUUGGAGGAGGAUGUGCCCAAGAUUUUGGCGACUCCGGUGAGCAGCCAAUUUCGAGAUAGUUGGCGUUGGGUGGGCGAUGUACGUGGUUGCUAUACUGUCAAAAAUGGUUAUCGGCGUCUUACGGAGGAGGCGAGUUCACAGAAUACCGCCGAUGGCUUUCAAGCGUGGAAUGCUCUCUGGUCAGCGCCGAUCCCCCCGAAGGUGAAAAACUUUCUUUGGCGGUGCGCACUAAAUAUCUUACCUGUUCGAGACAACUUGCGGAUAAAGAUGGGCAGUAAGAAUGUUCUACAGGGCCGUAACUUCUUCGAAUUUCUUUCGACUGUGAUUGGUAACGCGACGGUGGAUGUCGUCAUGCAUGCGGCUGCAGUUCUCUGGAUUGUUUGGUCCACACGAAAUGAUGUAGUGUGGAAAGCGGUGUUCGGGGCAGGCGCUAGCUUUGGCAUCGUUGUUCGGGACCAUGGGAGGCGAUUCAUUGCGGCGAAGAGUGGUUGGUUGAAUGACGUGGACGAUCCCUAUAUGGCUGAAGCAAUUGGUGUAAGGGAAGCUCUAACGUGGCUCAAAGCUCAGGAUCAUAGUGUCAUUAUUUUAGAGUCUGAUUGUUUAAACUUUUGUACUGCUUUUAAUUCUGUUAUUUCUGAUUUUUCGUAUGUUGGCCUAGUUGUGAAGCAAUGUGUGUCGAUUGCUAGGGACAUGGGAUCGGUGAAAGUAUCCCAUGUGAAGAGAUCAGCGAAUCGUGUGGCUCAUGCGUUAGCUCGGGUGACCGUUUCUUUGUCUGACUCCGGGGUGUGGUAUGGUAUCCCACCUAUUUGUAUUGAGAAUGUUUUAACCCAGGAAUGA